AUGUCACGAGAAGGUUUCCCGUCGAUGAUAUUUUUCGAUGUCUUGGGGACAAUUGUGGAAUGGAGAUGUUGCAUCGCGAACGAACUGAAUGCCGCAGCACAAAGGGCUCUGCAAGAUCAAGUUCGAUCUCUGAGUUCCGAUGUGCGAGCAAGUGUCUCUGAUAUGUCUACUUCGAGCUGGCAGGAAAUCGCUGAGGAGUGGCAUCGCGCAUAUAUGAACUUCGGAGACACCUACGAUACAUCUAAGCCCUUUGUCUCAGUGGACGAGUACAACCGCAUUUCUUUGGAAAAUAUCCUCAACCAAAGGCUUCUCCGCGGCUUGUUCAACGAGGACGAUCUCAACAAUUUGACACUCGCUUGGCAUCGACUUGACUCACACUCUGACAGUGUGCCGGGCCUUUCGUUGCUGAACACUAAAUUUUCGACCUCUACAUUAUCCAAUGGUAAUGUAAAGCUUCUCGAAGACCUGAAAGAACACAAUUCCUUGCCUUUCAAGCACAUCACUAGUGCAGAGCAUUUCGGUGCGUACAAGCCGUCGCCAGAGGUCUACCAUGGUGCUGCUCGCAGAUUCGGUUUCAAGGAUUCGCAAUGUUGUCUAGUCGCAGCCCAUCUUGAAGACUUACAAGCCGCCAAAAAAAGUGGGUUUCAGACAAUCUAUCUUGAGAGAGAAUCGGAAGAAGCUUGGGAUAGUGAAGACAUUGCACGAGCCAGAGAAGAGGGGUUUGUCGAUCUUUGGGUCGGACUUGGAGGCUCAGGUCUGAUUGAAGUUGCUCGAUACUUCGGAAUAGAAGGUGUUGAAUGA